AUUCGAAUUUCCCUAUCCCAAUGUAUUAGUCCAGAAGAAAUUUCUCUAUCAUUGUAUGUACUAGAUCUUGACGGUGAUUCUUCUUACUUAUUAAAUAAUGAAACAAGCCAAUGUGAAUUAAAACGAUUAUCUCCAUUAUGGCCUAAUUCAAUUAAUUUAAUAGUUCGUUCUGGUUGGUCUGUUGAACAAAUUCUACAUUGUACUACUUCUGUAUUGAAAAAUGUUUAUCAUUUAGAUAUUCCUAUUGAUCGGUAG